AUGAAGCUUGAUACGGGCCAACCGCCGCCGCCGUCGUCAUCACCCAUACCAGCAUCGCCACAUAAAGGCUGUAACUCAACUACUUGUUGCUCACCAGCAAGACUCUGGCGUACACUUCAAAACUUGAUCAAGCAAAAUGACCGGAAGGAGCUUUUGGCAUUCUUCAAAGAUCCUCGUCUUGAACACAUCGUACGUGUUGCCCUCACUUCUCGUGUUUCGAAUGAUGGCUCAUUAUUACCUGCUUCUCAACGACAUACGCUGGUCAGAUUUGCAAACCCUCAAUUGGCUGCCGAGGCAUUUCCUUUGCUUGGUAAACGCUUGACGGAUCUGAAUGCAUUACAGCUCGCUCUCUUGGAAAGUUCCGAAUCGACUGUGAUGGCAUUACUGACGCAGCUCAAACUCCAUGCGUCUACAGAAGAGAUGAAAUCAUUUGUUCAACAUGUCUGGGGUCAAGGUAAUACCUCUCUUCACUUGGCUGUCUUUCUGAACAGACCUCGUGUGGUCAAGGCUCUGCUUGACUUGGGUGCAUCUGUGGAUUGUUUGAAUGCAAAACAAAAAAGUGUGAUUGACUGCUGUCAUGACCAAAGCAUGCUUGACAUCCUGUUACCACCCCAAAAGAAGAAAGUUAUCCAACAUGAAUUACCUAAUAUGGAACCCAUGGUUGUCAAGGAUGAGCCAGUGGUUGCCAAGGAUGAGCCAAUGGUAGAACCUAUGGUUAUCAUCGAAGAAAGAGUUCAAAACACGAGCAGCUAUAAUAAUAACAAUAACAACAAGGAAUCAGCCAUAUUAGCACUUGACCCAUAUUUGCUACUCUUGAAACAUCAUGUGCAACAACAACAACAACUCAAUACGUCAACAGCAGCAAUGCAUUACUCUUGUGCACAAACAGUGAUCAGUCGGUUUGUGAAGCAAUCAGUCUACUUGUCUCAAGAAAAGAAGCCUCCUGACAUACUCUUGGUUUCAGCUUAA